CUCCCCCCCCCCAUUGAGUCUCCGCUGUUGUUACUCUGCGGGCUUCUUGCAGCUGUGGCGCCGUCAUCAAGUAGCGCUCAUUGCUGAUUGCUUUUGUUCUUUCCCAAGGUUCCCGAGCAGGCGUCUUCCUCUGCCGGCAGACCGCGGGGGGGGGGGGGGGUGGUGAGCGAUUCGUCGUCCCACGUUGCGAGUUCAACGUUCCGGACCGAGGCCGACUCAGCUCAUCAUCAUCGCCGUCUCACCGAGCGUCACAGAGGAAGCCAUGAGCACUGUCCUGGCCUCGUGCCUGCUGCGCUGCCUGGGUUCCCUGCCGCCUGCGCGGGUUUUGGAGGAGCUGACGUGGGGCGCGGAGGAGCUGCCCCAACCCGAGCAGGUGGAGGCGCUCCUCCACGUGGUUCGAGCUCUUGCUCCCGAGCAAAAGAAGGAGCCCCCAGGACCCCACGGACAGCCGACGGAGUCUGAGGGACUCGAUGGAGAUCAGGGCAGCCAGGGGCACGUCGGGAACCCGCGGGGUGAGGUGGACGCGGCCUGCCCCAUCGUGGUCGAUCCUCAUCUGGCCUCAGCGGUGGACAAAUUGGUCCUGUCCAGCUGCCUCCCGGCCUUGUGCAGGAUUCAGACGGAAGACGCGUGGUCCUGGACGGAGCCGCUCCCUCAAGGCGACCGCGAGGUGGUGGCACGCCGGCAAACUCAGAAGCGCCUCCUGCACCUGCUGUGCCGCCUGCUCGCCCGCUGCCUACGACUCGGUGGCGACGCCUCCGGGGAGCUCGUCGUCGCACGCUGCCUCGCGGACAUCCACGCGCACAACGAUGAAAAGGCCAGCGGGUGGGCCCCUCGGGGGGACGCGGGCGUCCCGCUAGGUGGCUCGGGAGGAACGGCAGCGCACGGCGGCGGAGUCGACACCCUGGACGUGCACGUCGCUGUGGAGUUGCUGUGCUACGUCGUCCGCUCGCUCGGGCCCCGAGCUGUCUCCGGCGCGACGCUUCGUGUCGUCUCGCAGGCUCUGGCGGUGUCAGAAGAAGCUUUGGCCACCAGGGCCCUCAGCCGUUUGGUUCCAGCGCUGCUUGCCGCACAGAGAGACCGCGAGGCUGCGGCCGGCUUGCUGAGGACGCUGUGGGGCGACCUGGCGGAAAAGCGCAUGGACGACACCGCCCGCAGCCCCUCCUCCUCCGUGUCUCGGGCGCUGCUCUUCCUGUGCACGAUGUCCGACUGCGUGCUGCCCACGAGCGAUCCCCACGGCGAGCGGUCGGCGAAGGCGGCGCAGGGCGGCGGCGAGGAUCGGGCGACGGCUCCUGACGCCAGGUCUCAGGGCCUCGUGGAUUUGCGAACGUCGGCCGCCUUCUGGCGCACGCUGCAGGACGGGCUGCGGCACGCGAUGCCGCUGAGUCGCAAGCGAGCGGUGUUCCUGCUCAAGCGCGCUGUGGACGUGAGCGAGAGCCUCUCGAGAGACGUGACGUGCUCCGAUGACGACGAUCGUGACGGUGUUCCCGUGUUCUGGUGGUCGGCGGAGGCCGCGCCGGCCCUGCUUCCCGUGUGGGAGAGCUACAUUCUCGUCUUGGAGACGCUGGAAGAGAACCAGCUCCACGUGGUGAAGCCGGUGCUGCCACGACUGCGCGCGCUGGUGGAGGCGACGGUGGCGCCUGGAGCAGGGCGACCGCGAGCGGCGCUCGCAUCGUCGUGGCUGUGCGUGGCGCUGGGCCGCGUGUUCGACAGCGAGAACAAGAUGGUGCUGCGUGAGGGCGUCAAGCUGUGUCUCUCGCUGGACGUGACGCGACGACCCUCCCUGGGGCAGCCGUUUCUAGAGUUUAUUUGUGGCCCACUCAUGGACGCUCUCUUGGACAUCAACCUGUACCAGAGAUGUGCGGGGCAGCCCAUCGGAUCGUGUCCGGCCAUCGGCUGUCUCCUGGAGACGUUUCUCCCUUCUUGUGCUGCUGCUUUGCCUGUCCAGAGGAGAGGCGCGUUCCUGCUGCAGGCGCUGAGCGGGAUCGUGCACCGCCACUGGAGCACCGUGCCCCUCCUCUUCCUGUCACGGGCCCUGGCCGCCGUCCCAGCGUGCCCCGCGUGGGGGCCCGAGGGCCUUCUCGUGCUCAGGGAGGUGGUGCGCUGCGUUCUGACGACGCAGCAGGUGCUCCUGCGGGGCGCCGCUCAGUGCUUCCUGCUGCAGGCGGCCGUGCGCCUCACCGACUCGAGUCGCGUGAGCCUGGGCGAUGUCCUGGCGCUGCUGGCGUGCGUUCGUGAGGACGAGGCCCUGGGCCGGGGCACCACCCUCUGGGCUCAGGUGUGCGAGUGGCUGCGUGUGAACGACUCGGAGUUCGCGCCCUGUGACGUGGUGGGUGCCGCCCCUCCCGCAGCUUCAGCGACCGCUCUGAACCGGUUCACGCUUCACUCCAUCGGAACCUUCCUCAAAGUGCCGGCAGAUGAAGCAGGGGGCGAGGGGGCGCUGCUGCCCGACCCGCAGGAGUCGCACCGCGUGGCGCUCACGAUCCUGCUCACUGCUGACGUGGAUGCCGGCGCUCCGCCUCGCAGCGAUUGCUCUCGGCCUGGCGAGGCUGAGCCGCUGGCUGAGUUCCUGGCGCCCCUCACGGACACGCUGCGACGGCUGGGCUCGCACGCCUACCUGCCCCGGGCCAAGGCCGACCGCGCUCUGCUGCUGCUGUUGGCGCUGCUGCGGAAGACUGAACCCAGGGGCGGAGCGGAGCAUGCUGGGAAUGGAACAGACACGGUGCGCUCCGUGCUGCGUGAUGCGGCGCAGGCCUGCGCCGAGGGCUUGUUGCAGUACCUGCUGCGGCAGCUCACCUACGAGACGGAGCAGGAGCGUGACCUUGAGCGCGCUGACCUCCACCUGGACGUGCUCACGGCCCUCGUGCGGGUCCUCGGCGAGGGCCCUCCGGGGGUGGCGCCGUUCCUCGUCGACUUCAUCUCUCGCCUCGUCCGCGCCUCGCUCGAAACCUUGCAGGGACGCCCUGAGGAGGCGCAGACCGCCCCCCAACUUCUCCAGCGAGCGGUGGCCGCGGCGUCCCUGGCGUGGACGUGCGGCGUAGUCGCCGCGACCCCUGACCUCCGGCGGGGCUGCCGUGCCGCUCUGGAGGCCGCGGCGCGCCACAUGACCUCCGCGCCCCUCAACCAAACGUUGGCGCGGCCCACAGGCACGCUCGCCGCACGGCCUGAAGACGGCGGCGCCGGCGGGCGUGGCUGGGGCCGCGUGGCCGCCCGUUUCAUCGGCGAUCAGUGGCGGUGCCACUACCACACGCUGAGUGGCCGAGAGGACCCGGCGAGGACCACGCUGAUGCCGCUGCUGCGCGGCUGCCUGGAGGCGCUGGCGCUGCUGCCCGCGGACAGCGCGCUCGCCGUGCUGCGCUGCCUGCAGCCGUUGCUGCCCCGGAUGUGCGACGACAGGGAGGGCGGCGACGACGUCGAGGGGGCGACGGAGGAGGAGGCGAGCGAGGCCCGGUUGGGCCUGUGCGAGCAAGCCCUGCAGCUCGCCUGGAAGACGGUGCGCGACCUCGGCAACGACCCGCAGGCGUUCUGGCCGGCGCUCGGCGCCUUCGUGCGAGCGGCGUUCGCUCGGCGGCUGUUGGCUCUCCGCGUCGACGACCCCGUCGCAGGGCGGCUCGCUGGCGCCCUGGCCCAGCUGUCGGGCGAGCUCGUGAGGAUGGCCGAGACCAAGCUGGGUGUCUUCAACGUCCUCGUCACGCACUGCUGCCAAACAUGGCUGCCGCCCUACGGAGGACCCCCCGAGGGAGGCGAGGAGGCAUCCUCCGUGGAGGAUGCCUCCGUGGAGGAUGCCUGCUCCAGCGCGCUCAACCACGUGACCUUGCUGGCAGAGGCCGUUCUUUUUGGGCCUGUCUUCAGGAAAGAGCAGCGGGUGUUGAACGACGCAAACUCCUUCGUGGAGAAACUGGGCGAGGGCUGCGCCGCCAACGCCGUCGUGGCGUGCAGCGAGAGCAAGGAUGAUUACAUGGUUCGAGUGACGGCCCUGGGCUUCCUGCACAGCCUGAACCCAGCCAACCCAACACAGGCAAAGCUCAGCCGCGCCGUGCUGCUCGCACUGCUGGAGAAGGACCGGGCGAUGGCGGCGGGGAAGGCGCGCUGCUUCGCCAACUCGGACCAGCACCGCGCGCGCAACCGGCUGUGGCAGGCCGUGCUGCUGCUGCUGCCCUCGCAGGGCCCGGACGAGGUGGAGCGCGUGUUUGCGAGGGCGUGCGCGGCGACGGCGGACGACAACCAGCCGUCCGUGGCCUACCUGCUCGAGUGGGCGCUCGUGCUCGCGCUCAACCGACGGCCGCACCUCCUGGGCGAUCUCGUCGCCGCCCUCGCCUACGACCCGGAGAAAAACAAGAGCUGCGUCUGCAGCCUGCUCUCCGUGCUCGCUCACUUCCCAACGGUGGCCGCCAGCAACUCGGACAAGCAGGAUGCCGGUCUCCGCUGCCUGCGCGCCGUGCUGCCCUGGUGCAUGAGCCACAGCUUCCUCGUGCGACUCUACGCCCUGCUCACGCUGGGCCGCGUCUGGGGGGCGGUCUGCGCGCCGGGAGUUGCCGAGAGGCCGGCUGAGCCGGCCGACGGGGAGCUGCGGGCGCUGGCGCCGCUGGUGGAGGUGUGCCUGCGGGGCGCCGCCUGCAUGCCGGCCGCCGGAAACAUCGGCAGGAACUGGCAGAAACUGCAACAGCACUUCUUCUUCAGAACCUUCGAGCCGCUGCUGGACUACAGCGUCGAGACCAUCUUCUGGACCUUCCCGCGCCUCUCGCAGCUCAGCGACGACGAGUGGCUGUGGGUGGGCCGCUUCGAGGCGUUGCCGUGGCGACGGCACGCCUGGCCCGGCGCGCCGCCACUCGCCAACCCUCGCCGGGAGCUGGAGGCCGUGCAGGACACAGCCUGGGUGCUACGGGAGAGAGGCUCGGUGACGCAGGACACGGAUGGUGUCGGUGACGGUGACGUGCAGAAGAAGUUCGUGUCGUGGCGCGGUGGCCUCUCCGACCCGGACCUGCGGGGUGCCACCCUGCAGGAGCAGCGCUCGGCGCGACUUGGCCCGCCGGGCGGCGGCCUCCUCGUCGUGGCGUCGCUCGUCGACAAGUCCACCAACCUGGGCGGCCUGUGUCGGACUUGUGAAAUCCUGGGCGCGUCGGCGCUGGUGCUGGGAGGGCGACACCACGUGACCGACCGCCAGUUCCAGGCCCUGAGCGUCACCGCCGAGCAGUGGCUGCCCAUCCUCGAGGUGAAGCCGCACGCGCUGGCCGCCUUCCUGCAGGAGAAGAAGGAGGACGGCUACAGCAUCGUGGGCGCAGAGCAGACGGCCAACAGCCACGACCUCACGGCCUUCCGCUUCCCCGCACGCACGCUGCUGCUGCUCGGUAACGAGCGCGAGGGGGUGCCCGCGGGGCUGCUGCAGCAGCUGGACGCGUGCGUCCAGAUCCCGCAGCUCGGGGUCGUGCGCUCGCUCAACGUGCACGUCAGCGGCGCCCUGCUCGUGUGGGAGUACGCGCGCCAGCACCUGCUGUGCCCGCGCUGAGGCCCGCGCUGAGGCCCAAGCCGCCCCUCCUCCUCCCCCUCGUCAGCGGCAUCCGUGGGGUGGUUGGCUCUGCCGUUUCACAUCCUCAUCGGGCAUCGCUUCUGCCCUGUCGGUGCCACCAGGAGAUCUGGACUCUUCGCCCUGCGUCUUCCCUGUCCUCUGUCCCACAUUGAGAGGCCAUCCUUAACUUCAUGUGCCUUGUGUGUGCCUGCGUGUCUUUGUGUGUGUUUGUGUGUGUCUGUGGAACAAUGGUGGUACCUGGGUCUGCGUACUGCAUUACGAACCCAGCAACAUGAGUUUGAUUCCUGGCUACUGCUAUCUGAACAUAUUCUGAGCAUUCCCUAAGUCAUCUAAGCCUUAAAUUAGUUCACAAAAGCGGCCGGCCGGGCAUGGUGGUGGCCACACCAUUCUCCUCUUUCCCCACAGUCUGUCGUGGUUAUAUACGAGACCUUUGUCUUUGUGUGCACGUGUUUGUGGGUUACACAUGUGCACCUAUGCAAAUACAAUGAUCCCCCGUAUAGCCUUAACAGACUGUUAGGGCAAGUGCUGUUAGCGAGCACCUAUAAAGGCCGGCACGGCACACGAGGGAGUGGGUGGCCAACACCACGCCCGGCCGCCUUUGUCUCCCUAGUGGCGAUGUUUACUGCACACCGCACCAGGUACUCAUUUGAGGCAGAGUCGACCUAGGGGAGGCCCAGGACCGGUGUUUGCCAUAAGCGGGAAUUAAACCCGGGUCGCCAGGUUCGUAGCGCAGCGCGCUAACCGCUACACCACUGCACCUAUGCACACCUUCACACACAUACACGGUACAAAGCACCUCGGGUGAGUACCUGGUGCCGUGUGUAAACACCACCCACUGGGGAGGCACAGGGGUGGCCAGGCGCGGUGUUGGCCACGGCACCCCCACGUCCGCCGUGCUGGCUCGCUAACGGCACUCACCCCAGCAUGUAUGUCCAUCAAUGUGGGUACGGAUCCUAUUUUUAGCAACUGGUCUAAUGUGAAUCGUCGGUGUUGAUGUGAUUGCCGAUGUGAAUCGCGCGCGUUUUCACUCCCAUGUCAGCAGCUGCUAUUCAUGAAUUCCCGCCGUGCGCAAAGAUUUUCUUAGUGGUUCACUUCACCGGCGUACCGACUCCAGAAUGUGCCAAUAAGUGUAACGAAUAAACGAGCACCAUGAUGUGUACAAACGCAUUUCGACUGAUGCUGCUGUGUGCGCCGCACUGCACUGUGGGUGGUGAGCGCUAACGAGGGAG